AUGGCAUCGUCAAGUCGAGUUUGUGUAAAUGAUCCGAACCAUUUUUGUUUCAUUUGCGGAGAGUAUAUGUUUAAAGAAUGCCGUUUAAAUGUGACAGCCUUCGUAAAUAAGGCUUACAAAAAUUACUUUGGUCAUCCACUGGAAAUGAAAAAUAAGCCUUGGAUUCCGCAAAAGGUAUGCAAAACGUGCGUUGAGUUUCUACGUUUGUGGACAAAUAAGAAAAGGAAUAAAUUUAGGUACCAAACCGCUAUGGUAUGGAAAGAACCCAUGAACCACCACGACGAUUGUUAUUUUUGUUUGGUGAACAUUACUGGCAUUAACCGAAAAAAUCGAGCUAAGUGGGAAUAUCCUUGCAUACGGUCGGCAUAUAGACGUGUUUUGAGCCCUAACAUAUCCCCUGAACCUCAAGCUGGUGCACCACAGGAUGAGCUUGUGCAUUUAGAGGCAAAUAAUGGGAAUAAAUUUGGGUCGCUGCCUAUUGCGCAUUCUACAAAAAGAAAAGAGGAAUAUACAAAAAUUGCUCUGAUUUUGGACAAAAUUAAAUAUGUAGAACACAACUGGCUCAUAUGUGUUGAUUUAAAAAUGGUAAACUUCCUUUUAGGCCAACAAAGUGGAUACACAAAGUAUCCCUGUUUUCUUUGCUUGUGGGAUAGUAGAGCUAAAACUCAACAUUGGAUUAAAAAAGAUUGGCCUACUCGAGACGCGCUAGUACCCGGUCAACAGAAUGUGAUAAACCCACCUUUAGUAUCAAGGGAUCGUAUAAUUUUGCCUCCCUUACAUAUAAAACUAGGACUAAUAAAACAAUUUGUAAAAAGCCUUGACAAAAAUGGAAAUUGUUUCCUUUUCCUAUCAAAAAAGUUCCCAAAAGUGAGUGCAGAAAAGAUAAAGGCGGGCAUUUUUGACGGUCCACAGAUACGAUCACUAAUAAAAGACUCGAAUUUUACGGCCAACAUGACAGAUACUGAGAAAAAUGCAUGGAAUGAGUUUGUCUGGCUUGUUCAAAAUUUUUUGGGAAAUAAGAAAAGUUCUGACUAUUCUCAACACAUUGACCAACUAAUGAGUCACUUUCAAAGGCUUGGAUGUAACAUGAGCAUCAAGUUACACUUUCUCCACAACCACCUGGAAUAUUCUCCCGCCAAUCUUGGGGAUCUUAGUGAAGAGCAGGGUGAGCGAUUCCACCAGGACAUUCGUACGAUGGAAGAACGCUAUCAAGGCUACUGGAACGCACACAUGAUGGCUGACUAUUGUUGGAGCAUUCAGAACAGCUCUCUACCAUCACCUUCAAAAAGAAAAUCAAAUAAAAAGAAGUUUUUUCCAACUUAA